AUUAAUAACGACAAACUCCCUGUUCAUCUACACCUUAUUCUCUUGAGCACUUCGGCUAAUUUGUAUUAAAAUCCCCGAUGUCACCCUUCCUUCUAUAUAUUCUGUUUUAUAUGUUCUAUGCUCUGCUCUUCCCUGUCGAUCCGACAGUCACCGAUGAAGUGACCGUUUUUCUGGCAGUGAAAGAAGCAUGUCUUCUCGCGCCCUCUCAGUCUCACUUCCAUCCAAGUACCUUAGUUCAAACUAGCAAGCAAGCAAGCAAGAAAGCAAAUAUCAAUCAAUCAAUCAAUCAAAAGAGAUCAUAUUCCUCGUGCAGAGGGUGCAGGUGCUAAAUCCUGCUG